AUGAUAUAUGCACGUCGUAUUGUUUUUGGUGGUGCAAUCAUUAAAAAUGUUUACAAUAUUGACAGUACGACCAAACAAACUAGCUUGCAAAACAUCAAUAUAACAUUGGAUGCAUCUCAUACACCUGUUGAUUUAGCGAGUAGUAUUAAUAAUCAGGCCGAAGAAAUUACUAAUUUAUCGGACAGCGCAAAUGAUCUAGUGAUCGAAUUAUUAGCGGAAAUAUAG